GAGGUUGAGACCUCCCACUACUCAGUUAUUACCCCACAAUUCAUAAUCUUAUCAAUUUCUCACCCUCCCCACAAUCCACACACUCAAACCCCAAUGGAGAAACCGAAACCCAACGCCAACUACCGCCGCACACGCGCAUUUCUCCACUAUUUCGCACCCGCCCUCGUCCUCCUCCUCCCACUGCUCCUCAGCGCAAACCUGCAGAAAGCCGAAUGCCUCAGUACCGCCACCCCGGCAGCGGAAGGACGCUGCAAUGGCACCAGCAGGAUCACCGAUUGCCUGCCUGACGACGAGGAGUUCCUGAUGGAAUCAGAAACAAGCAGAAGGUUACUUGUCAACGAGCCCAAAACCUACUUUGGUAGGGCGCUGCAGCCUCCACCCAUUUGCGACGCAAAAGUCGUAGGCAAUUGCUUUCCGGAACCCAGGGCAAUCGAUGAUAGGCGGCAUUGUACCGUCAAUGACUGCGGGCGCCCCGGUAACUGAAUCAACAACUGCUUAAUAAAGAGAGUUUAAUUUUGUCGGUGUGUGAUUAUGUGUGUGUUUGUUAUAUAACGUUUAAUAUUGAUGCAGUAAUUAUCACGAAAAUCAAAGCAUGGGAACUAAUUCAUGCAAUAUGAUGUAUUUAUUUUGAUAAAUUAACCUCUCAUUUCAAAUCAAUCGAUUGGUUAAUUUAUGACCAGUACAAAUGACCCACUAUUAAUGUUCACUAGUUUAAUGUUUUAUUUCUCAA